AUGCCAACAAAAAUUCCCAAAGACGAAGAACAACGUCUAUUGAAAAAACUUGAACAAGAAAUUCAAUUAUAUGAAAAAAUGGACACUGGUGGAAAAGAAAAUUCUGAAAUGAUUACUCACACCAAAUAUUCACCUACAUAUCAUCAACCAUUACCUCAACAAAAUUUAAAACGACCAAAAAAAUCUUUUAUUUCAUCACCAAUUAUUAUUAAUGAUCAAAAAUCGAUACAGCAAGCACAAAAAAUUCCCAAAAAACGUGGACCAAAAAAGAAACAAAUGACACCAGCUCGUGUGGCUCGAUUUAAAAUUCGUCGUUUAAAAGCAAAUGGUCGUGAACGUGAUCGUAUGAAAGGUUUAAAUGAACAAUUAGAAAUUUUACGUGAUACAAUACCAUGUUUUUCAUUAUCACAAAAAUUAUCAAAAAUAGAAACAUUACGUUUAGCAAAAAAUUAUAUUGAAGCUUUAUCAGAAAUGGUUUCGAGUGGACAAAUAUCAGACAAUGCUCAUUUUGCCCAAUUAUUAUGUCGUGGUUUAUCUCAGAAUACAAUAAAUUUAGUUGCUGCUACUUUGUGUCUAAAUCCACGUCUAUUAAACAAUCAAAAUUCAUUCGAUAACACCAUUCAACAAUCCUAUAAUCCAUAUUAUCCUACGAACAAUGAUUAUUAUCAUCAUCAAAAUAAUAAUUCAACACUCUAUACAAAUGAUGAAUCAUACAUGUUAAGUUCAAUUCAUCCAAGAGUAAGAAAUCCAUUAGAAUUUAUAAAUUUAAAAAAAAAUAAAACAUCAUCAUCGAGUAUUUUAUCACCACAAAGUUUAGACGAAAAUAAUAGCGUUGAUGAGCAAGAAGAAGAAGAAGAAGAAGAAGAGGAAGAAGAAGACGAAGAAGAUGCUGGUAUUGGCAGUUCAAGCAGUCAAAUAUCAUCAUCGUAUGAUAAUACAAAUAGCAGUAUUGACGAUACAAGUCCAACAACGAUGAACAAAAUUAUACCACACUAUUCUUCUCCUCCAAUGGCGACAACACUUUUUAAUACUUUACUACCUAAUUCAACUUCCCAUGAAACAACAUUUCUAACAGAUUUUUAUGAUAGUGCCAGCGAUCAUUUUAUGGUAACUGAAACACCCAUAUUCCAUCAAUUUCAUCAUCCAACUAAUAUGAAUAUGUGUUAUGGUAUGGCACAAUAUUAA